GAAGCUGUUGAAAUUCUUCUCGCCGCGGGCGCCGACGUCCAUAUCCGCGGACCAAACGAGGGCUCAGCACUCCACUUUACCUCAGCAUACAAACGCAGCGAUGUCGGCCUCCGUUGCGCUCGUCUUCUUCUGAAGGCAGACGCGGAUGUGAACUGUGUUAAUGCCUUCGGAAGUACACCGUUGCACCACGCGAUUGCGAGAGGCAACGAGCCCGUCGCGCGGCUUUUCCUCGACGCGGGCGCCAAUCCAUCGACUGCUGAUGACGACGGCAGUACUCCUAUGGACAAAGCACUUCAGAGGGGGAGUUGCAAAAUGACGUUGAUGCUACUUCGCGCCGGCGCGGCGCCAAAGAUU